AUGAAAUCUGAAAGAUCGACACUUCUUGAAUUAAAGAACAAAAUUGCAACACAAAGAGUUAAUCUUAGUCGCGAGGGUUUAGUGGAUCUUAAAAAUAUUGAAAUUCCUUCAUUCACUCCUCUUGGAAUUCAACCUAAAAUGAAAACAUUAAAUGUUUCGAACUCAAAUAUAAUAUCAUUUGAAACUCUUCCAGCAGAACCCGUUUUAAGUACUAUUAUCGCAAAUAACACACCUUUAAAUUCUUAUCUCGGUUUUUCAAGGCAGAAUCGCUUAGCAAACGUAUGUGUUAAAAAUACACCUCUUUCUGAAAGACAAUACUUCCGAAUUGAACUCCUAAUUGUUGUUGGCCAGCAUUUAAUGAAAAUUAACGGAGAAUUAAUUUCUCCUCAAGAGCGCGAAAUUGCAAGCCAAUAUCCAAUUAUUGCUCAAGCAUUAAUUGAAUCAGGUUGGAGCUUGGUUUAUCCUUGUCCCAAGAUAGAAGAAUUUAGAGACUUAGCUAUUCAAUUCAACCUCAGGUUUAAAGGAGUAGAUAAGCAAUUUACAAACGAAAUAGCUGAGCAGCACUUCAAACCACCACCAGUUCUCCCAAUUAUUCAAAAUAUGCAUGAAACAUUGAUUAGCGUUCCACCAGCUAUAUUCAAAGAAAAUCCAAUUAAGCAGGAGAAAGAAAUGAUGCAAGAUAAACAAAUGCUUAUGGAUUUGUGCAAAGAACUCGAAAGAGUUGGGAUUUUUAUUCCUAAAGACGAAAACAUCGAAGAAAAUGUCUUUAACGCUGUCCAAGGUUUAGUUGAAAUCGUUAAGAAGCUUGAUCCUUGCGCCGACGAACUUUUGAAAUUAACAGAACAAGAUGAGCAAUAA